AGAAUUGCUAUCCAUAUUACGGGAUCCGAAGCACAUGCCUAUGUUGUUCUAUCGCUUUUUAACCCCCGGCCCAGUAACCGUUCACAAUCCUUAAGCAGCUGUACCGAACCAACAGCCCAAUGUCCAUCCUUUUCCGCCUUCUUACCCUUUUUGGCCUCAUCCUGCUCGUCCACGCUGGUUACUCCGCCCAUGAACAUUCAAUAUUAUAUGGCAGUGUUCACUCCGUUCCCCUCGAUAUCACCCUCGAAACCCUCGUGGCGAUCAUAUUUGUUACACUCGGCCUAGUGCUGGGGUCUGAGAGACUGCGACCGAUUAGCUGGAGUGUGUGGGCAGGCGAGAUUGAAAAGGAAGGCGGGGUGCGCAAUCCAUUCCGUGGUUUCGAAGACCGGAUAGGGUUUUGGGAUGUGAAGGGAAAACGAGAGGAGUUUUCGAAGUGGGUACGGGAAGAGGCUACCGUUAGCGCAAAGUCAUGAUUUUUGUUGAAAUUUAUAUUGUGUUUUGUUCAUAUUCAUAUCCAAACAUUAAAAAUUUUAGCGAAGCGAAUCAUGGCUUGCAUCACGCCGCACACGUUUUGAAUUUCUACCAAUCUCCCACAUAGCGUCACAUAUUACUAUGGACAUAAGGCCAUACAUACCAGAACAGUGAAUAUAAGAGCCGCCCACCUCACGAAUUUCAAUUUCCAGAUGCGGCAGCAGACGUCGGUACAAAAUGAGCAGACAACUUGACCGACCACAGGGACACCCAAAGCAAGGAUGUUGUGCCGAAGAAUAUCUUUUUUAUGAAUAGUUCCUC